AUGUCGUGUUCUGAGAAAAAAAAUAUAACAAAAGAUGAUUGGGUGAAAAAAUUGUCAGAGGUUAAAAUUGAUAAAUUAGAAUUAAAUAAACUUAUCAUGAACUACUUUGUGAUUGAAGGAUACAAAGAUGCAGCUGAAGCAUUUAGUCAAGAAUGUGGACAAUCCCCAAGUAUUGAUGUAGAUUCAAUAAAAGAUAGAAUGAAUAUAAAAAAUGCUAUUCAAAAUGGCAAUAUUGAAGAAGCAAUUGAAUAUGUAAAUGAUUUGAAUCCAGAGGCAAGCAUUAAAUUUGUUGUAUGA